GUGCAGAAUGCCUCGCUACGAUGAGCGCGAUCGAUACGGCGGCAACACUAGGCUGUACGUGGGUCGUCUCUCCUCGCGUACCCGGUCCAGGGACCUGGAAGACCUCUUCGGCAGAUAUGGGAGGUUUUGGGGGCAUACCCAACCUCGGUGUCCAUGGUGAGAGGGUGCCCUUGGUGGAAUUGGUGGCUAUUCUCGCAAAGUUUCUAGCUGACUUUGGCGAAUCUUUUGAUAAAAACUGUGUCCUGUUUUAUUGGAAAUCACAAUCAUGACUGGUGUUUAGUUCGUUCUGACUGGUGAUACAUUUCUCUACUUGCAUCUUGAUGGUGUUACUGUUUCUGGAAACCAUUUGCGCAGAGUGCGAUAUGUGGAUAUGAAGCAUGAGUUUGCAUUUGUUGAGUUCAGUGAUCCCAGGGAUGCUGAUGAUGCAAGGUACAACCUUGAUGGCCGUGACUUUGAUGGAAGCCGCAUGAUUGUAGAGUUUGCUAAAGGGGUUCCACGUGGCCAAGGAGGGUCACGUGACCGUGACCGCGGUGGUGACCGUGAAUAUAUGGGUCGAGGGCCCCCUCCUGGUUCUGGCCGCUGCUUUAACUGUGGUAUUGAUGGGCACUGGGCUCGUGACUGCAAAGCUGGUGACUGGAAAAACAGGUGCUACCGUUGUGGUGAUAGUGGCCACAUAGAAAGGGACUGUCAGAACAGCCCUAAGAACCUCAGGCGUGGGAAAAGUUACUCAAGAUCUCCAUCUCCUCGCCGUGGAAGGGUCCGUGAUAGGAGCUACAGCAGGAGCCGCAGCAGGAGCUACAGCCGCUCACUUUCUCCAAGGAGGGAUGAAAGGAGAUCAAGGAGCCCCCGUGAUAGCCGCAGCCCAAGGAGGAGUCCCCGUGACAGCCGCAGCCCUAUGAAGAGCCCCUGUGACAGCCGCAGCCCUGUGAAGAGCCCCCGUGACAGCCGCAGCCCUGUGAGGAGCCCUUCACCUGCUAAGGGGAGGGCCAGGAGCCCCACCCCUAAUGGCAGCAGGAGCCCUGCACCAAGGGGAAAUAGCAGGAGCCCAAUGAGGGCUGACAGCCCUAGCCCAGCUGACCGUGAGCGCCGUGACGUCAGUCCAGCUGCCAAUGGUCGUAGCCCUAGCCCAAGAGAUGAUGAAGACAAUGGCAACCACCGCGCUUCGCCCGGUGGAAGUGCAUCCCCUGGUGGGGGUUAAUGGAUGGAUCAAAUGCUCGCUGUGUUCAUGAAACUUUGCAAACAUGUUGAAGAAAGACUUGCCUGUAUGGCUGUAUGGAUUUGAUUUUCAGUGUGUACUCUAUUUGGUAUUGAUACUCCUGUAGACCAUAAUAUCUGUUUGUUGUACUAAGUGCACAUGGAAUCAUUUUUGAGUAAUCUUGUGUGUUGAACUGGUUAUCUGUCGUCAA